CGACCCCAGCAAGGGGAGGACCAAUGGGGGCAGGGGGCAGAGGGCAGCGCCUGGACUCCACGUGUCGGCCACAGAACCAGGCAGCCUGUUGCUAGGUAACCACAUCUCCCAUCACUGCCCCAGCACAUCGUCCUGAGCCGCCCAUCCUGUCUCCAGCCACCUUCUAUGGAGUCGCAAACACCAUCAUCUGUGGGACCCUGAAGGCCAAAGAGAGAAACAAGAGCACAGCCACCACCCCUGAGCCACCUGUGGCUCUGCUACCCACAAUUUCACUGUGAAGAGUCAGCUGCCUGGGCCGUGAGGUCACUGCCACCAUGAGUCUGGGCAUCAUGGAAGAGGAAGACCUGGCCGAGUACUUCCGGCUGCAGUAUGGGGAGCGGCUGCUGCAGAUGCUCCAGAAACUCCCCAAUGUUGAGGGGGCGUCGGAGUCCCCAUCCAUCCGGCUACUGGAGAAGAAAAAGGAGACGAAAAUCAUGCAUCAAACUAUGGUGCAGAAGAAGAAGAUGUUUCAGCGCAGAAUGGAAACCCUGAACCUGCGCUGGGAAGAACUGGGCGUUAAGGAAGCCCAGCUGAAGGCUCACAUCCAGAAGUUUGAGCAGUUCAUCCAGGAGAACGACCAGAAACGGAUCCGCGCCAUGAAGAAAGCCAACAAGGAGCGAGAGCUAAAGCGCCAGCACAUGCAGGAGCUGACCAAGGGCAAGCAGGAGGUGGCGGCGCUGCGGCUGGAGCACCAGCGGCUGAGCGCCAAGCUGAAGGACUACUCCAUCUUCAGCAAAUACCUAGAGAAGGUGGUGGAGAACUCCGAGUUCGAGGAGAUCCAUGAGGUGAUUGCGCGCUACAAGACGCUGGUGAGCAUGCACCACGACCUCAUGCAGUCUGCACAGGAGGGCCAGGAGAAGAUUGAGCGCGCCAAGGCCCGGCUGGCGCGCUACAUGGAGGAAAAGGAUGAUGAGAUCCUGCAGCAAAACAAUGAGCUGGCAAGGCUGCAGAUGCGCUUCGACCGUGCCCGCAGCAAUGUCAUCAUCUGGGAAUCUCGCUGGGCACACAUCCAGAACACCGCAGCCAAGAAGACCCUUCUGCUUGGCACCAUUAAGAUGGCCACGCUGAACCUCUUCCAGAUCGUGAGCAAGCAGCUGAAGGAGGUGACCGAGGUGGCACUGGAGGACACCCACAAGCAGCUGGACAUGAGGACAGGCAGGUGCUCAUGUCCACUCCUGCAUUCAUUCUGUUGUGACAGCAUAUGUCACGGAAACUCCUCUCCGGGAAAUGCCACUGGGUGCUCGUGAGAGAGUAAGAGCGAAAAAAGAUCCAGCAAUUUAUCCAAGACCUAUCGGACAUCUGGGUAGAGGUGAAAAAGAAGGAACAACAGCAAGUCCGGAUUUAAGGAGGCUGCCUUGUUCCAGAACGUCCUGAGACAGAGGUCAUGAAAGAAGAAGUCAUGAGCCUGCGGUCCAGUCAGCCUAGCUCGGGACCAAUGCCCGCUGUGCCUUCCUGCUGAGGGACACCUGCCUAUUUUCCCGCUCAGGCCUCAUUCUAUCCCUGAAAACAGUGAAUGUUGUAAGAAGUUUGUUCUCAAGUUCUCUCUA